AUGUUGAUGUGGGAAAACAAUGGCUUUGUACUGUAUUACAAGGCACUGGCAGAGGAGAAGUUUAUAUGGCCACGCAUCGAUGACGACGUCUUAACGCUGAGCGGACAACAGAUCAACUUUCUCCUGGACGGGCUGGAUAUUUCACGCAGUUUGAAAAACUGCAUUCAAAUUUCCCUGUUCGACGAAGUGGAACUGGAGUCUGCCAUCGAUGCAUUGAUGGAUCAGGCAGUGGACGAUGAAACAGAUACACCGCCGGCACAAAAGAAAACCCGGAAACGCGGUUUUUCCGCGAACCUUGAGCGAAUCCGCAUUGAACUCGCUUUAUCCGACGAACAAAAAGCUGGCGCUGAGCGCAGCUUCUUCACCAAGGUCAAAGAAGAACUAGAAUAUAUCCCCGCCAAAUUGAAGGUACUCGAGUAUUGGCAGGAAAAAGCCGUCUUUCCCCAGACUGACGGUAGCGAAACACUCAUUGCGGCCGAGCGUCCAGUUCAUCCGCUGGGUAAAUGCUCUGCAACCACGUCGCUGCUGGCGCAGAUUAUCACCGCCAAGUAUGCCGAUGGUCUGCCGCUGUAUCGUCAAGAAGGCAUCCUCAAGCGCUACGGGGCUGAAAUUAGUCGCACCAACAUGGCGAACUGGAUUAUCCGUCUAGAGGAUGUGUUCAAACCCCUCAUGAACCUGGUUCGGGAAGAACAAAACAGCGGCGAUUAUCUACAAGCCGAUGAGACUCGGAUACAGGUGCUAAAGGAAACCGGUAAAAGUGCCCAAUCCAAGCAGUGGAUGUGGGUGAUCCGAGGAGGUCCGCCGGAUAAACCGGCUGUGAUGUUCCAUUAUGAUCCAUCGCGAUCAGGCGAAGUACCGGUACGCUUGCUCGAUGACUUUACGGGUGUACUGCAGGCCGAUGGCUAUAGUGGCUAUGCUCAGGUAUGCCGAGUCAAUAAAAUCACCCGCAUUGGGUGCUGGGAUCAUGCGCGGCGAAAGUUUGUCGAAGCCAGCAAAGCGGCGGCAGUAAUAAAGACGAAAGGUCGACCGACGAAAGCCGACGUAGCGCUUGGCAAGAUCCGUAAGCUCUAUACACUGGAAUCAAAGAUCGCAGAUCAAACGCCUGAGCAAAAAUACAAGGCUCGGCAGGCAAUCGCAAUCCCGCUACUCGACGACCUAAAAGCUUGGCUGGACAAGAAUAUCUCCCGCCUGCUUAAGGGUGGACUGACACACAAGGCCAUGCAGUACACGCUGAACCAAUGGGACAGCCUGAUCGGCUACUGCGAGGAUGGUAACCUAAACAUCAGCAAUGUACUGGCGGAGAAUGCAAUCCGACCUUUCGCCAUCGGUCGCAAGGCAUGGCUGUUCUCGGACACGACGCAGGGCGCACAUGCCUCGGCCACAUGUUAUUCGCUUAUCGAAACCGCGAAGGCCAAUCAACUCGAACCUUAUGGUUACAUCAAAUAUCUGCUCGACCACAUCGGCACAGCAGACACACUGGAGAAGCUCGAAGCACUGCUACCUUGGAAUGUGCCCAAGGAGGUGUUCGCAAAAAAGUGA